AUCUCAUCCUUGCUGUGCCAUUGCUCCAAUAUACUGCUGCUGGUGACAUUAAUAUUUUAGGCUGGUUGUUUUGGGGUUUGUUUGUUUUUGAUUGCUCCAGGCAUGUCUUGAUAUAGCAGAAAAGGAACUGUCAUUUUAAUACAUUUUCAACGGAUGUCUUUGACUUUAAAGAUCACAUUUGAUGUUUGAGACUUCUUUGUGUGUAUGUAUGUGUGGGAAAUUCACAUGAUCUCAGUUUGAAGGAGGAAGAACUGAAAGAAAGGAGCAAUUGUAUUGGUUUUUCUUCUUGCUGGGUCAUCCCUCCUAGAUGGUAGUGUUGGGGUCUUUUGAACACAUUGUCAAGUACGUACUCAACCAGGGGUUUGAUUCAUUUUUCUGUGGUUUUGUUUUUGCCGUGAUCAGAGUGCAGAAAUAACCACUCUUCUCCAGCUUUGCUGGUUUGCAACAGAAAUAUGCUCUUGAAGGAGUACCGGAUCUGUAUGCCUUUGACAGUUGAAGAGCUUUAUUCCCCUGGUGCUGCCAUAUAACAUGAACUGCUGUGCCCAAAGGACAACCUUAAAAUGAGGCAACUGGUUGUCGGCCACUAAUGAGGAAGCAGUUAGCCUGAGUAGAAUAUUGAACAGUACAGAAUUGGACAGCUGUACAUGAUCAGUAAGCAUAGCCAUGAGCAGAGUGACCGAGGAGAGGGUGUGGAAGUUGUGCAGAAUGAACCCUAUGAAGAUCCAAAUCAUGGCAAUGGUCAGCUAACAGAAAAACGGGUCUAUCUCAACAGCAAGCUACCUAGCUGGGCCAGAGCAGUUGUUCCCAAAAUAUUUUACAUUACAGAGAAGGCUUGGAAUUAUUACCCAUAUACAAUCACAGAAUACACAUGCUCAUUUUUGCCUAAAUUCUCCAUUCAUAUAGAAACAAAAUAUGAGGAUAACAAAGGAAGCAAUGACAAUAUUUUUGACAACGAAGCCAAAGAUCUUGAGCGAGAAGUCUGCUUUAUUGAUAUUGCCUGUGACGAAAUCCCUGAGCGCUAUUACAAAGAAUCGGAGGAUCCUAAACAUUUCAAGUCAGAGAAGACGGGGCGAGGCCUAUUAAAAGAAGGCUGGAGGGAGACACACCAGCCGAUCAUGUGCUCCUACAAACUGGUGACUGUGAAAUUUGAAGUCUGGGGACUUCAAACUAGAGUAGAACAAUUUGUACAUAAGGUGGUUAGAGAUAUAUUAAUGAUUGGACACCGACAGGCUUUUGCAUGGGUUGAUGAGUGGUAUGACAUGACGAUGGAUGAAGUCCGAGAAUUUGAACGUGCAACUCAGGAAGCCACCAAUGAGAAAAUUGGGAUUUUCCCACCUGCAAUAUCUAUCUCUAAUAUUUCCCUUCCUUCGUCAACCCGUAGUGCUCCUUCUAGUGCUCCAUCCACUCCUCUAUCCUCAGAUGCUCCUGAAUUCCUAUUAGUUCCCAAAGACCGACCUCGGAAAAAAUCUGCUCCAGAAACCCUCACGCUUCCAGACCCAGAGAAAAAAGCACUUUAAAUUUAACCUAGCAUGUUUCCUUCUGACAAGCCAUGUCUGCCAGAACAAGAGUAAUUUAACAUUUACAAAGCUCAGUGUGGUUGGUUGUUUGGAUUUUUUUAAACGAUUUUACUGAUCUAGAAAGAUGAUUUCUUUACUCAGACUCGUUCCUUAAAACCCUUAAAUAAGUGCAUGUGAGAGAACAUAGUUCAUAUACUCUGAUUCCCAAAGUAAAGCUCAAAGCCAUAUAGCACAUGCUAUUAAUGUGAAAUUAAAAAGUCUGAGAAUAGCCUGCAAUUGUGAUUGGAAAUGCUGAAGGUAUUUAAUAAAGCUGGCAAGGAUUUCUGAAGGGAACUAGUGUCAAUUUAGGUGCAGGGUUACGUUAAAAAGGUAAAAAUCCAAUUUUCUCCUAUUAUAUCAGAAUUUCUAAAAAUUUUCUACUCAGGCUUAUCAUGUCUAAUCAUAAACCUUUGAACUGCUACUUAUUCAUACUUGAACACCAACAGCAAUUAUUCAAAUUCAGAUGUUGCUUAAUAUGACUCAGGAUUUGGGGCCUAGCUAACACAAACUUUAAACUUUUUAAAAUUAAAUAACCAAUGCACCAAGGCUCCAUUUGUAAUUAAUAAUACUGACUUUAAGGCCAUUGAACUAUUUAUACCUUGCACAGAAUUUAUAUCCAUUUCUUGUUUAUAUUGUAUUUUACUAGUUCUCCCCAGUCCUCUUGUGAUAUCUCAAGUAUGUGCUGGUAUUUACAACCCCUGCUCCAGGUAUAAAAAAGACGGAAACACAAGCAGCUAAAUAGUUUAAAGAGUCCAAAUAAUGCAAGGGUCUUCUCCCAAUGAAGCUGUCAUCAUAGCAUUCCUGUCAUUCAUUUAAGUCCUCUGAACUCCUCGCUAAUUACAAUGAAACCAGCUUUCAGGGUCUGAUACAAAUCCCAUUGAAGCCAGUGGGAAGACUUCCAUUGCCUUCAGUGGGCUUUGGCUCAAACCCUAAAUAACCACUCAAGGGAUUGUAAAAAAAUCUGGAGCUCAAUGAGGGAGGUCUUCUACUAAAGGUGGGGAAGAAUGGUACUUAGUACCUUCGGGGAUACUUUAGGACAGUCUCUUAAGACAGAUGGGUGCCUAAUAAGGGUAGCCUCCUGUACAGAUUUCACUGUACUAAUUAGUGCUGAAUGUAUAUUAUGCUAUGGUGUUUUACCAGAUGCAGAAGAGUUGUUGUUUGAGCAUGGAUAGUGAAUAACUAGGCCAUGAUGCUUUGGAACAGCACCUGGGAAUAAAGAUUCUGAAAAGAAACAUUUUUUAUAUGUCCACCAUUGGAAAGUUCUUUAAAGAUCUUCAGCCACAACUUUGCUCUGCCCUGAUGUGUUACAUAUUCAGAUUCAAUUUCAGAUCCCAGUCUAGGUUUCUUGCUUCAUGGGCUAACGGGAUAAUAAUGUUGUAGAGGCAGCAUAUUCAGCCCUCAAACAAAAAAAAGUAAUUCAACAGUGGCCACUUUAGCCAAUUAAGGAGCAGAUUUGAUGAGUUCCAUCCUGUCCUCACUGGACAGAAGAAUUGUGAUUGUGAUAGGAGACCUCAUAGGUGAUGAGGGGGGAAAUAUGGGGAUCUUCUGGGCUUCCUGAGGGAGAAAGAGGACUUACCCUUACUUUAUCCCUGUCCUUUCAUGCUAAUGCAGUCUCCAGUAGCAGGAAACAGAUCUCAGACUUUGCCACUGAUCUCUAAAAGGGGAGAGGAAUGAAAGACAUGACUUACCAAAAAUAAAGGGGUCAUCUGACAACUCAGUAAUAUGUAAUGUAACAUGUGGGAAAGGGGAGUAACAUCCCUGGCCUGUUAGUGAAAUCAUCCUUCAGUCUCAGGAAUAAAAAUCAGAAAAGAGAUUUUCUCCCCAAGCCAGGAGUAAAAAAUAUAGGGAAAUAAGGAGCCACUUCCUUUCUAAAAUUCAGCCUUAUGGAGAAACCUUUCCUAUUGACGUCCAGUCACAGGGCUCAUUGUUGACUUUCAUAUAAUGGGUUUAGUCCUCUGCAAUGCUACCAUUGUGUUUAGUCCCCUGUGAUGCUAUUUAACUAUGUCAGCAUCUACCAUCCUUGUUGUUGUAGUAGACUUUAAAUAAGUCAUUGUGAAUGCCCAGUGAAAGGUGGAUAUUAUCUGAAUCACAUAUUCAUAUUGAGAUGGUAUCUUGUACUGUCAGUUAUAACAAGCAUGGUGAAGCAGAGAGACAGACCUCACGGAGUUAAAGUAUCACUGAAUGAUGAAGAAUCAGUUUGUGGAUAGAAUUCCCCGGUGGCAGGAUAUGUUUGUACCAUCUUCCCAGCAUGGUAGCAUGAUUUUUGCUUGUGGAAAAGUUUAACUGACUUAAACCUUUUGACCUUUCGAAUAGCUCCAUGUCCAGUAGUAGAUGCUAAGGUGAAUGUCUGAUUUUGAUGGGCUAGUUUUAGUAAUGGGAGAGGGAGGGGAAGAGUUCCACUGUCAGAUGACACUGAAAAUGUGUGUGUAUUUGAAAGUUAAAAGCCCAUGGCUAAAUAAAAUCCAGUAGCUCUUUGUAGGUUAGCCUAUGGUAUGACUUCAUCCAUUAUCUCAUAUAUUGUCCAUGUUCUGCUUUCCUUUCCUCUCAAGGCCAGCAAUUCCAUGUGCUUAGUAAAUUAACUGGUGAUUAAUAUUUGUGAUUUUUUUUUAGCCAGUGUAAUGCCACAGGUAUCAAAUGCUAAAGUACCCUACAUCAACUUAUGACUUUAACAGAUGUGUGUACUAAUUUAGUAUUCAUAAUUUCUGCAUGUAUACAAAUAAAUGUUGAUAUUCUUUUAUUUGCUUCUGAAUGUUUAACACUGAUCAUUAGGACAAAACAUACAUAGCUUUACUCAUUUGUUUAUUUUUUUUAAGUAUCAAACUUCCUAUCCUGUGUGAUAAGAUUAUUAUCAUAUGUAGGUAUGGGGAUCAGGCAUGUAUGAACAUUAUUAACAUAUCUUAAGAGGAUUCAAAUUAAUUAGCUGUCUGGUGGAUAUUUAGGAAAGAGAAAAGAAUUGACUGAGCAUGCGGUGGAAAAAUAAUGAAUCUUUAAUGCUAUGCCUCUGCAUGCAAUUCUAUAACUCUGGGCUCCAUUCACGAGUACUGUAUUACAGAAGUAUAACGUUUACUGAAUAGACAACUACAAUUUUUCUAAUUCACUGCUAGCCAAAAUGGGAAUCAGUACAAUCCAUAUCUGCCUUCAAUGUGGGUGCUAAUGGUGGCAAAUAAAAAGAUCCAUAGAGUGUCACUGCUUUGGAUAAGAAAGAACUAUAGGUUACAUCAUGGUUUCCACAGGUUACACAAGCAUCCUAUGCUGUGUUCUGCUCUGUUUUACCCCAGUGUUUCUACCAUUAAAUAUGCUCUCAAAAAUAAUUUUUCAAUGUCAUUUCAUUUUCUUUUUGUUGUGGCAGGAUAUCUGUUUCUACAAUGUUCCUUACACACAUACACAAAAAUAAAAUUUAAAAAAAAAGCAAUCUAGAAUAUUUUUCUGACAACAUGUUUUGAGAAAAUGUUUUGUUUAUUUUCGUUGCUUACUUGUGAAUGAAUUUUGUAAAAAUACCUGCUGUAUCAUUUUCAGACAUGUUUGUGGGAGGGGAAGGAAGUAGAGUAUUUUGCACAUGUUGAUUUCUUUUGUAAAAAAAAUUGUACUAGGCACAUCUUUAAAGUAUGAUGCAGCACAGCAAAACUGAAGUUACUUAAUAAUUCUGUAGCCUUCUUAUUCCCUGCUGCCAUGACUGGAGAAUUAAAUAAUACAACCAUAGUGAGGCUCCACAAAAAAAUUAUCACCAAGAAGAG